AUUUUGAUUGUUGGUCAUUCCCUUUAUUUUUGGUUCGGUACUUGAUGGAUCACCAGAAAUAAAUUAAAGGUCGUGCACGUACACACAAAAAAGAGACAACCCUUUUUAAUUAUAAUUUCCUCAACACUAAAAAUAACAAUUUGCAACUAGAACAGCGGCUAAAAAUAGAAUAAUAAUUGAAUUGAUUGGUUAACCAUAAUCAAUGGCUCCAAAUUAUAAUAAUAGGCUAAAUCCUAAGAUUUCCAAACCUAAACAGAAGGAAAAAGUAGUGGGAACAAAGAAAAGUCAAGGUUAUAUCUCAGGAUUCUUCAUAAAUGCGGUUACAACUCUAUUAAUAUGUCUAAUUCUCCCCUGGUUAUUCUUACAAACAACUCUUAUUUGGCAAUUUGAUUUAUCCUCAUCAUUUUUAAGAUGUUUCUUUGAAGCUCUCUAUUUCCCUAUUAGACUUUUAGAGUUGAUUAUAAAUAUUCUCUUUAAUCGAACCAGUUCUGAGAGUUUGUUAAAUCAAAGACCAAGUUACUCUGAUUUCAAUUUAUUUCAAGUUAAACAAGGUGUUGAUGAAUUAAGUGAAUAUAUUAAUCAAUAUUAUAUUGAUAUUAGACAAUUACCCUUUAAGGCAGAUUAUGUUAUAGAUAGAUACUUUUAUCACUCUCCAUAUUGUUUAAUUAAUAAACUUAAUCCUAAUGCAGUUAAAUUAAGUUAUCAAUAUCAAGGCAUAGAGUUAGGUCGAGAUGAAGGAUUUGAGGAUUAUAUGUUUAAGAAAGAAUUCAAUUUUAUAGACCAACCUUUAUUAUCGAAUGAUUUCAAAAAUAAGGUAUUCAUGGAUCAUAAUCAAGUCCCAGAAGUUGAAUUACCCUUAACCAAAGUCACUAUCGAUCCCAUAACCCCAUCAAUCAAUCUUAAAAAGUAUAAUAUAGAAUCUUGUCCUUAUUAUAAAGAAGAAUCCAAACCAAUGAACAUUAUUAAAAUAGAUAAAAGUUCUCUGAAUAACCAAUAUAAUGUCCAAUUAUCAGGAAAUUCAAAAUCAAAUAAAUUUGUGGUUAAAAUUAAACCAAGGAAAGAACCUAUAAUUGAAUCAAAUCAAUUACCAUAUAGAGUUGUUGGAUCCAUCCUGAAAAAAGAUGGAGCAUAUAUUGAAAUGAUUCUGGAAUCGAUUCGAAAUAUAUUUCCUAAAGAAGAUUAUGAUGAUGGCUCUUUAGCUCCAAUUAUACUUCGUUUAUCAUGGCAUUGUUGUGCAACAUUUAAUAAACAUAGUAAGACUGGGGGAUCAAAUGGAGCUACAAUGAGAUUUGUUCCUGAAAUUACUGAUGAAGGUAAUACUGGACUAGAUAUAGCAAGAGCUGCAUUAGAACCAAUUAAACAUAAAUUUCCUAAAAUCUCAUAUUCGGAUUUAUGGACUUUAGCUGGUAAAGUUGCCAUAGAAUAUAUGGGAGGACCAAUAAUUGAUUGGAAACCAGGUAGAUAUGAUUGUUUAGAUGAUAAAUAUGUUCCGCCUAAUGGGAAUUUACCAUUUGGAUAUAAAGAUGCUAAUCAUAUUCGAGAAACAUUUAGUCGAAUGGGAUUUAAUAUUCAAGAGAUGGUUGCAUUAUUAGGAGCUCAUACAUUAGGUAGAUGUCAUAAAAGAUUUAGUGGAUGGGAAGGUAAAUGGACUGAAAAUCCUAUCAAAUUUUCGAAUGAUUUUUAUAAAGUAUUAUUAGAAGAAGAAUGGAAGGUUGGGAAUGUUCCGGAAACAGGCCGAGUACAAUAUUAUAAUAAUGAUAAAUCAUUAAUGAUGUUAAAUACUGAUUUAGAAUUAAUUAGAGAUGAAGAAUUUUUAAUUUGGGUUAAGAUUUAUGCUCAAGAUGAGAUGAAAUUUUUUAAUGAUUUUAGUAAAGCUUUCAGUAAGUUGUUAGAAUUAGGAAUUGAAAGAUUGUCGUCAAACGAUGAAAUAAUCCUUGAUAAGAGAAGUAUAUAAGUUGGUUCAGGGCUACAAUGAUGGUUACAUAUUUUUUUACUAUUCAAUUGUUGUAUACAUAGUAGAUAUAAAGAAAAUGUACAUAGUCAUAGUAAAUGACGCUAUCAUUGCUGACUAAAUCAACCGAUUCGAUUUAAGUAAAUCAUAGAAAAAACGGUUUAUAUCACUAUAAAUAUUAAUCCAUCGUAUAAAUAUGUUUAAUGUUUAUGUAGUUAUAAAUCCCAUAAUCGCAUCAUACCAUAACUUAAGAUCUAUACAGUUUCUGCCCCCACUAACUAAACUGUCUAAACUGCGAAAGUUUCUUUUUUUUUUUUUUUUUUUUUUUCAAU